ACACUUGGAAGAUGAGGGCGUUGAGGCAGCCAUCAGCCAGGGCUCUCUAAUGUCCACAUUUCUAACAAAUCUGCCUGAAAACUUCCAUGGCAAAGACCAGUAGUCAAAUAUACGAUGCUGCUCUCACUCAGCCCAGCACGGCCCCGCUGUGCUCCCAGGCUCCUCUCUGCUCGCUGAGGGUCCGGCAGAGCCCCAGCUGCCCGCAGCCCGUCGGCAUGGAGGGUCCCACUGAGCCCACUACACAGAGCCCGCAGCCUCAGCGCAAGAAACGGCCUGAGGACUUCAAGUUUGGCAAGAUCCUCGGGGAGGGGUCAUUUUCAACCGUUGUUCUAGCGAAAGAGUUGUCUACAGGAAAGGAAUAUGCAAUUAAGAUUCUGGAGAAGAUGCACAUCAGAAAAGAGAAUAAAACGCACUAUGUGAAGAGGGAGAGGGACAUAUUGUCGAGUUUAGAUCAUCCCUUUUUCGUAAAGCUCUACUUCACAUUUCAAGACCCUGAAAAAUUAUAUUUUGGACUUAGUUAUGCAAAGAAUGGCGAGUUGCUUCGAUACAUUCGCAAAAUAGGCUCUUUUGAUGAGACUUGCACAAGGUUCUACACUGCAGAAAUAGUGUGUGCUCUUGAGUAUCUGCAUUCAGUAGGAAUUAUUCACAGGGACCUGAAGCCGGAGAAUAUUUUACUAAAUGAGGAGAUGCACAUUCAGAUCACAGAUUUCGGAACUGCAAAACAGUUUUCCUCUGAUGGUCCUCAAACAAGAGCAAACUCUUUCGUCGGGACUGCGCAAUAUGUUUCUCCUGAGCUGCUGACAGAAAAAUCUGCAUGUAAAAGUUCGGACCUCUGGGCGUUAGGCUGUAUAGUUUACCAGUUGGUGGCCGGAUUGCCCCCCUUCAGAGCAGCGAAUGAGUACUUGAUAUUCCAGAAGAUAAUAAAACUGGAGUAUGAAUUUCCCGAGAAAUUCUUUCCCAAAGCUAAGGACCUGGUGGAGAAACUAUUAUGCUUGGACCCCACCAGGCGGCUAGGCUGUGAGGAGAUGGGUGGUUACAAUCCACUGAAGGUCCAUCCGUUCUUUGAGGGAGCUGCAUGGGAGAACCUCCACCUGCGGACACCUCCAAAACUAACCCCCUACCUGCCUGCCAUGGCUGAGGAUGAUGAGGAGUACUAUGGCAACUAUGAUGACCUCUUGAGCCAGUUUAGUAACAUGGAAGUGGUGCAGUCCAGCUCCUCUCAGGCUCUCUCAGUACCAGGCAUUUUGCUCCCACUGAGGUCCAGCAGCAACAUUGAGCAAUAUAUCCAUGGCCUGGACAACAAUUCCUUCGAGCUGGACCUGCAGUUCUCCAGUGAGGAGAAGCAACUUCUACUGCAGAAACAGACUAGCGGGAACCCUUGGCACCAAUUUGUCGAAAAUAAUUUGAUACUUAAAAUGGGACCAGUUGACAAAAGAAAGGGGUUAUUUGCUCGUCGGAGGCAGCUGCUACUAACUGAGGGGCCACACCUCUACUAUGUGGAUCCUGUAAAUAAAGUCCUCAAGGGGGAGAUUCCAUGGUCUCCAGAGUUGCGACCAGAGGCCAAGAACUUCAAGACGUUCUUCGUCCACACGCCAAACAGAACCUAUUAUUUAAUGGACCCCAAUGGCAAUGCAGACAAGUGGUGCAAGAAGAUCCAAGAAGUGUGGGGAAAGAUUUACCACAACCAUCAGACUACAGACAUGUAGAGAAGUGGAGCAAGAAUCCUUUUCUCAAGUCAAGGCACGUCUUUAUGAACUGAGCCUUUCACUGGUUAAGCUCCUUUAAGACUCCCUUAAGCUGUUCACUUGAACAUUCAUUUACAAGGAUAGCAUUUCAACAUUAAGUUAAACAUCAUGUACUUUCUUGGAAGCAAUCCAUAGACGCUUUGCCUGUUCUCUGUGCUCUUACGUGGUCGCACCUUGUUCAGUGGGUGAAGAUCACUCAACCAUUCAGCUGAUUUAUUAGGCUACGAGCGAAUGCACUGUUUGUAUGUGUGUGCGCGUGUGUGUAAAUUUAUAUAGCUAAUAGCCCCACUGGAUGGGUAAGACUUUGCACACUGCGCUAAUUCAUGUUGCCUUUUUAAGUGCUCCAAAUAAUUUAUCAUUGCUGUGUUGUGAAUUCUGCUGCUUCCUUAGUGUGUAAGAGUGGCUUUGCAUACAAUAUGCUUGACAAGACAUACAGAGGUACUCAAAUAUUUUUACUGGUCAGUGGGGGUAGACAAAACGGAGACACCAGACUAAAAGCGGGUUGCACAUGGCUGUGGGUGAAUCAGAGUUAAAAGCAGACAUAUUGAGCAAUGUGCAUCUGCUGUAGAAGACGCUUUGAAUCAUAUGGUGGAAACUAAGCUGCACAGGCAAAUUGUAAGAUUGUGAAUUCAUCGUUUUAGUGACCGACACAUUUACAUAUCUGCCUGUUUCACCUGAUACAAUCAAUAAUCGCGUUUUUAAACUAAAAAUAUCAUGCUAAUGAAUUCUUAGAUAUCACCCAGGCCUAGAAAUGAGUGAACACAAGGAUUAAUAUCAGCAGCAAAACUUGCCCAGAAAUCAUUGCGAUUUGAGGCAUAUCCCUUUUCAAACCUGAAAAUAAUGGCAGAGUAAGCUUUUUGUAAGUCAUAGCAGGAAACUACUUUCAAAUUCUUAAUAUUUCAGAACUAUAACAUUCGAUUUGUUGUGUUCACACUGGGUUCAAAGUAGCAAACUACACCCAUCUCCUAUAAACGACUGCUAAUACAACUUGAUUUACUCCACCAUUUUGCUAGUUAGCAAGCUAAAAUUUACACAGCUAGCAAGACCAAAAUUAAAGGUGAUACACUACAGUUCUAAAGCAAAAUCUUACAGCCAGACAAAGCAAUUAUUCGCAAGUUUCGUAUAUGUUAUGUUCAAACUUUGCAAAAAAGCUUUGCAUGGCUAGCUAAUUAGUUCACUGAUGCUAACCUAGCAGAGGGCUCGUGUGCUCUGACUGAAAAAUCCGCUCCUCACUGCGGCGACCACUUUUUCAACAUAAGUAGGAAACUUUUCCGAGUAGUGGGUUGAAGUUGGCGAGGACAUAUUAAAAACAGUAUUGAAACGGGAACCUACACUGCUUUCUGAAUGAGGCACAAUGCAGGGGAGCCAAUCAGAACAGAGGUUAUUUACUUAUGAUAGUCUUAGAGUAACAAAAACAACCUGUUUACAGUUGGAAUCAAAAAAAAAAAAAAUCAAUUAUAAAUAAAACCAUGCAAAUGAUAUAAGUGGGGGAAAAAAGGAAAUACGAGAAAAAUGUAGUACAUGGGCCUUAAAUAUUACUUUAAUAUCGAGGGUCUCUCUCCAUUGCAUUUCCCAGUCUGGGGCUUUUUCAACACCGCAGGUACAUGAUAUGCCGCAGGCCAAAAGUUGUAAAGUUAGUGGAAGUAACACUAACAUUUUGUCUCUUGCAAAAUUGUAUGUUUUGAGAAAUAACAGAUGGUAAUACAUUUACUAAUGCAGAUUAAAAUGUCUGCAGCAAUAGUGUAUAACUAUCUAAUUCAUAAUUUGUUUUGCUCCUGGUGACUUUCCUGCUGAAUGUUAUUGAAUCAGGUAUUAUAAAUCAGGAGUUUGCAAAUAAUUAAAAACUGUUUAACUUAAGGGACUGUCAUCAAGAAAGACUAUGAAGGCUUUUCUUAAUGGGUUGGAGUAAUAACCCCAGUUAAAACCAAGGGAACUUUGGUUAAAAUAGGUUUCAGUAAACAUAUUGGAUUAGUUGUUGGUAAAAUAUGUUUGCUUGCUUCUGUACUUUUGGCCUGUAGUGUAUGUGAAAAUCAGUGGCAGUUCCGUUCCGUGUAAGCAAGUAAAAGAUCAAGUUUCAUCUUCAGCAGAAUGUGUUUAUGUGCAGGCCUAAAUGCAAGAUGUGGUUGAGAUUUGACUCUAGGUUUUUCCAUCAACGUGUCUACCCCCUGCAUUUCAGUCCUCUGAGUUAUCAUUAAUAUUCAGAGUUCUCUUUGUUUGCUUUAUAAAGGGUGUGCUGCAUCAGUGACGGUGGGAGUGUGAUGAUGUGUGUAACCACUGGUGAACCUUACAAACGUUUCAUCUCCGAGACGUGCUAGCUAUGUGUUCUUUUUUCUUUGUUGCCACAAGACAAAAAAACUAACUACAGCAGUUCAUCUUGCAGUGUCCUAGAUUCUGUAGACUUUAUUAGUGUGUGAUACAUUUAGAUCAGCUACAAAAAAAAAGAAAAAAAUUAUUGUCAGAUAAAAGAUGAAAUAAUUCAGUGCCGUGUACAGGAAACGGUGUUGCACCGAGAAUAGACAUGGCUUUUUUUUGGGUAUCAUUUUUGUUUUACUACUAGGUUUACAGAACUGCUGUAUGAAUAUUUUAGUUUGUUUUUUGCAUUAAUUCUGAAAGUGCAAAAUCUACCUUGGGUACCUGUUUUUUUUCCCCUUUCUUUUCUGGAGGUUAACAUUCUGGAAAAUGGCAUGGUUGAUCUUUUUUUGUCCAUCGGUGAAAUUUGCCAUUCUUGCCUGUAAAUAAAUCUAAGUGCAAUCUGAAUAUGGAAACGGCUACUCAGUUCCAAAAAAACACAUAGAAAUGCUGGAUCUGUCUAAAUUAACCAUAGAACAGAUGUGUAGUACAGAUGUGUUUCUCCUCCUCCAAUGUGUUUUUUUUUUCUCUCUCUUUAUUUUUGCAGUUACUUUGUGUAUUUGAAAUUCUACCUGGUUUUGCGGCCGAAUAUGACUGUGAUGUACAGAAAGUAAUGCAAUGUUCUAAGGAUACACACCUUUUAUAUUUUUAUUCUUAUAUAAAGUUAUUUGCUGAGGGUGGCUCAGCGUGCUGUUCCUUGUGUUAUUUAAAAUCUAAUAUAUGAACCAUGUUUUAAGCGCUCGUGUUCGGGGGCCAUUGUAUAUGUACUGAGAUGUUAAGCCUUUGAAUGUGAAUUAUCACUGUAAACGAUGUUCUUUUGCAGCCUUUCCUUUUUCAUUAUACAUUUCAUAUUUGGUCACUGAAUUAAUUAUGUCAAAUUUUAAGGAACAUGUUUAUUUGGGUUUUGCGUGCUUAUUAUAAUUAGAUGAAAGAAUGUCCCACAUGAACUCCUAUAAUAAAAGCAUGUAGGCUAUUAUUAUUUAAGA